AUGCGAUCAUUAUUAGUUCUCUUCUCCUUGAAAGAUGAAUUGAUGCGAAAGAUCUUUGUUUAAAUGAUGUUCAAUUUAGAUGUACACCAAAUAUCAUUAAAUUUCCUCUAGCCUUUCUUGGAAUUUCAUUUUUAAUAGAGUUCACUUUUUUCUUUCUUAAGUAGAAAAUUUGAUGAAGCUAUAUAGAAGGAUUAUUUCUUAGAAUAGAAUCACCUAAACAUUUUAAAUUUAGUUUUUAUUUAUUUUAACUAUUUCACAUAGGAUAAAUUUAAAGAUAAUAAAAAAUAAUUUUAGGUUUUAAACUUCAAAUCCUAAAUCUAUGGUUAAUUUACUUAAAUUGGAUUCCUGAUAAUAUUGUACAUAUUUGUAAAAUACUAUACUAAAUUUGUCUACACUAAUUGCUUUGGCUUUAAAUUUAUCUAUUAUAUUAGACUAAUGAAUAAUACAAUUAUUUAAAUUUAGGGAUUAAAUUUUAUUAUCUCAAUAAAAGUCUUUGUAAAAUAAAUGGUAUAUUUAAUAAAAAAGGUAUACUACAAUUAGUCCAUGCUAAUAGUUGGGAUCUAAUAUUUAAAGUUUUAUGAUAUUCAGCUUCUAAUUCUAUGCUUGGAAUAAGAGAAAUAAUUUCUACUAUUCUUUCUAUUUGAUGCUUAGUAUCCUUAAUAAUUUUUAUAAGUUAAAAUUGCAAAAGAUGAUAUUAUUUUAAUUAAAAAAUUCUUAUUUUUAACAGUUCUUAUUAUCAUGUAAAGUUGCCCACUUAUAUAAUGUAUAUUACUUACAUGUAUAUUAUUUUUGGAUCUUGGAUAAAUAAUGAAUAUUGAAUUUAAUACAAAUAAACUUGAUUUAUUCAUCAUUAUUUGGAUGGAAGCACCAGUAAUGGUCCUUAUGAUUAAAAUUAUUAUUUUUUUGAGAAUACAUUAUUUUGUAUGA